UUAGGGCAGUGAAAGUUGCCGCAGUUUUUACUCCUUCUCUAACAGUUUUUGGUUUUUAUUCCUUACUUACCUAUUGGCCAAUUUCGGAACUAGUCGACCGAGUUAACGAGGCCGAGUUUGCGAGGGGCGCGGGGUCCGUCGCCCAAUUGCAGAUGCGCGUGUUGACAGAAUAUUGGCGGUCUUGUAGCGGAGAUUAGCGAAGACUGAACUGGAAAAUUGACGAUUACAAUCGAAGUUGCAAAAGGCUGGCUUUUAUGACCUUUUCGUUGUGCGUUGGUAAGCCGGUGCUUUGGCACUGUGCCUCCAGUGCCGUUAGGGGCCUGUGUUCAAGACGGGCUCUAGACUAGCACCUUUGUAAGUUCAUAGUUGUGAUAUUUUGCAGAUAACAUCAGCACAGCUAUGGAUGCUGCUCAGUAGAGAAAUGGAACCAUGUCUUUUGAAGACUUUGAUUCUCAAUGUCCAAUAGCUAAUGAACAUGUAAAUAGGCUGGAAUUUAUAAACCCACAAAUCCAGGUUGAGUUGGAGCAGCUGAACUCCGCAACAGACAAUAUUAACAAAUUAGAACUGGAACUUGAUGAUGCACGUGCACAAUUCAGAUCUCUGUUAAUUGAGUCCACACAGAAGAUUGAUGCCCUUGCUAAAAAACUUGGUUCCUGUGUGGAAAAAUCAAGACCUUACUAUGAAGCAAGGAUAAAAGCCAAACAGGCGCUGCAGCGGACGCAUGAUGCGGCCGUGCGUUACGAGCGGGCCAGCUCGCACCACCAGGCGGCCAAGGAGCUGGUGGCCCUGGCUGAGGAGGGGCUCACCACUCAGGGACACACGUUCGACCAGUCCUGGCAGGAGAUGCUCAACCACUCCACUGAGAAGGUGAACAGCGCCGAGCACGAGCGCACGCAGAGCGCCAAGAACCACGAGUUGUGCUCGCGCGAGUACCAGCUGAUGGAGGGAGAAGUCAAGCAGCUGCAGAAGGACUUGAAGCGUGAGAUCGCCCGCUCGCGCAUGGGCGUACGCCGCAGCCUGCUUUCAAUGAACACACUUGUCAACACGCUGAACCUGCAAAUGCUACCCUACUUCGAGAUGAAGGCGCACUUCAACCAGCUGAUGGAGAUGCAGAAGCGCCAGGUGAGCGACCUGGAGGCGGAGGUGCAGGCCACCAAAAUCACCUACGCCGAGACGCUGCGGCGGCUGGAGGAGAUCAGCAACGGUAUUCACGAGGCUCGCGGUCUGGGCGCCGCCGGCUGCGAGAGCCUGGGGGUGCGCGGCGCCGGCGUGGGC